GUUUUGGCGCGAACACCGCUCGCCGCCACAGAUAAUUUAUACAACAAAGUUACGCGACAGUUAAAACUCUAUUAUAAUAUUUUAGUGAAAAGGGAAAGUUUGGUGACUUUGUGACCUGUGUAAUCGGUAUAUUUGAGUGUUGCGGCGUGAAAAUCUAAUUUUAAUACAAUUUUUACAGAUGGAUUCGAGAUGUACCACAAGGUGAGGCGAAAAAUGUACUACAUUUUGGGAGCCAUUUUAUUUUUAAUUGGAUUGUCAUACGCUCUGCCGAUAGCUUUAGACAUACCUGAGUCUUCGAAAAAUGAUAUUGAUAAUGAUAUCAUUGAUUUCGAUGAAGAAUAUUCAAUGAAAUAUAAUAAACAAUAUGGUAUUUUGCCAUGGAAUUCUGCUGAGUUUAAUAAAGAGUCGUAUAGAUAUAUCAUAGACAAUGCGACGCAAGAUGAAGACGAAAAAAAUAUAACGAAAUACAUAACAACAACAGGAAAGGAUGAAUUAAAUGUUAUACCAAUAGAACUAAUUAGUACUACUGAAAGUUCAAGAGACGAAACAACAACGGAAGACUUGACCGUAAUACCUCUAUCAUCUACUGAAAAAACUAGUGUUUUCUUUAAUGAAACGGAAAUUAUAGUUGUAUCAACUGAAAAGUCCGAAGAUUUCAAUUCCACAACAGACUUUUAUGAAUUGACUACAAGUGAUAGGCCAGUUAUAAAUGAUAGUUUAAGUUUAAAUAAUAAUCCUGUAGAAUUAACUACCGAAUUUACACCGACCAAUUUUACUACAGAAUUUAUUAAAUCAGUAAUAAUAACGACAAAUACCACAGCUACAAAUGCAGCAGAAUCAACAGUAGAAUCCAACACUACACACACAAAUUUCACUGAAACAAGUAAUGCAACAAUCACUGAUAGAGAUAUCGAAAGUGCAGAAAUACCGGAUGUUCCCCUGUUCACAGAAUUAGAUACCGAAGAACAGGAAGUUCCAGAAGAUUACUAUGACAAUAAAGAUAUUGUGCCAACUCCAACGCCGAAGACUGACGCACUUUCAGUAAUCUUUGGCUUUGCUGGUAGCGUUGUUGAAGGAGUUGUUGACAGUGUGGCGGAAAGAAUUUUCCCCAAGACUUUAUAUGAUCUGUUAAAGCGAAUGCAGAAGCAGAAUGAAGCGCUAGAAGCAGAAAGAUUGAGAAGUAGAGAGGAGAAUGGUGGAAUUGGUCAAUUUACACGGGGCGUCAUUAAAUCCAUAUCAAAUGGUCUCAGUAGACCGUUAAGUCAGUUGAUGGCAGGUGCCAGAGAUAUAGGGUCUUUGGAUAGUGACCGUGGCUUUAUCAGUAGUCUUGCAUCCGGUGUAACCAGCGUGGCAGAUGCUGCUAAUUCUAUGCUUGAUACGUUCAAGGAUCGAGUUCAAGCAAUUUAUCCAGGGACUCUUUGGUGCGGAGACGGCCAUUCUGCCCAGGCCAGGUCCAGUGAUCUGGGACUGUUCUUCUUCACGGAUACCUGCUGUAGACAGCAUGAUUCCUGUAAGCUAUACAUUCCAUCGGGGGAGACCAAAUUUGGAUUAACUAAUACUGGUCUAUUUACAAGAUCGCACUGCAGUUGCGACGCCAAAUUCCGGGAAUGCUUAAAAAAGACCAACUCGCUGGUUUCUUCCCAGAUUGGACUAACUUAUUUCAACGUGCUUGGACCACAAUGCUUCCGACGAGCUCAUCCCAUCGUUAAAUGUGUGAGAAGAACCAGAUUGACCGGUCAAAAGUGUGAAGAAUAUGAGUUGGACUACACCAAACCCAAAAUGUGGCAGUGGUUUGACAACGAGAGCUAUUAAAAGAUACGUGAAAAGUGAAGAUAAAUACAUAAUAAUUGCCAUUGAUAUAACCUAAAAGUCAGACGUUUUUAUACGAGCCAUGUUAUAUAAUGCUGAUUUCAAGGAACCAAUUUUAAAUACCAGCACAGCGGUUGCUUCGCUUGCAAUCUUUAAUAUCUAUGAAACAUUGUAUUCGGGUACAGUACAGCUAUAUUGCACAACCUUCAUAAAAGACAAUUUAAAAAGUUAAUUAAGCUUGACAGCUCUAUAGUCUAUGGUCCAAGCAAUAAUGAAUUUGGUUCUUAAUUUAAAUUCUCAUAAACGAUAAUAAUUGCAGGAUGUAAAAAACAUCCGUAUUUGGUAAUGCGAUUACCAAUGUAAUAAUCUUUACAACCGGAUACCGUAUUUUACACUAUUAGAUGUUAAAGUUCGUGUUGCUGCUAUAUUGCCCUUAAAAAGAAAACAAAAUCACUACAACCUUUUUAGGUCUGGGAUCUCAUAUUUCUGUAUCUGUUUCAUGAUCAUUUUUAUGUCUAAUAGGCAAGUAGCCAUCUGUGCCGGACAUAAGCCGUCGACUUUUUGAGUGUAAGGCAAUCCCUUCACCGGUCGAGCGUGACCGGUAAAGUUCAAUAAAACCGAUUAAAAAAAAUCCCUUAAUCUGUUGAUAAAUAUAAUAGGGUAUCAAAUUUCAGAGAUUUUUGUAAUAUAUCCUAUUUUUACAAUUUAUAUAGUUUUCACGUAAGCUAUAAUGAAUUCAGAAUGAAAGGAUAUAUGUAUAGAAUGGGUCAUAUUGAGGGAGACCCAUAUGUGUGUACAUUGAUAGUUUUCAUUAAUUUAGUCGUUCUCUUAUACUGAUUCAUGUACAAAGUGUAAUUUU